CCUGGAGAUUCAGGAAAGAGCACCACAUUGAAGCAAAUAAGGAUAAUCCAUGAUCAAGGUUUCACUGAAAGCGAAAAGCGACAACGCCGAUAUGUCGUGAAUUUGAAUCUUAUAGCUGGAAUGGUGGAGGUCAUUCACGUUGUAUCUGCCACCGCUAGAAACUUCCAGAAUCCCAAUUCCGAGGAGCUGACGAGAAAGAUAACGAAAUAUUACGAAGAGGUAAGGAACAGCGAUGCUGCAGAACUCACAGAAGUUGUUGCGGACGCUAUAGCUAGACUUCUGGAAGACGCUGCUAUUCAGGAGGUGAUUCAGCAAGGCUCCGAUCUUGGUAUCGAAGAAAGCUUCAUGUACUUUCUUCGCGAGUUGCCGAGAAUACGGGAGAAAGACUACCUUCCCUCCUCCGAGGAUAUUUUGAAAAGCCGAGUUUCGACUUCAGGUGUCGUGCAGUUCACUUUCCUCAUCAAAAACACCACUUUCAAAGUUUUUGAUGUUGGUGGCCAGAAGGCACAGCGUCGAAAAUGGAUACAUGUAUUUGAUGACGUUCAC